AUGCAUUCCAUGCAGAGGUCCUUUGGGCAAAUGCUCCACAAGAGCCCGGGAGACAAUGCGAAAGUCGCUGUCAUGUUGAGCGACUACGAGGACGCCGACAAGCUUCUGGCCAAGAUCAUUGAGCAAGCCGGAUCGUGGCGCGAGUCCUGGGUCAGCAUCGCCAUGGCCCAGCUGGGCAUAAUCACCGAAUUCGAUUCCCUCUGGGACCCCAUUGUCGGUGCAAGCGAUGGUAAUGCACGAAACGCUGCCCCGACGCCAGGUCUACAACUCGAACAGACUCUGCGAUUGAAGGAGGCCUACGCCGAGCUGAAGAACGAAUUGAUGGAGGAAGUCAAACUUAUCGAUACCAAGAUCAUCAGGCCUGCUGACGAGGCCCGCGACUGCAUUGCACCGCUGCGGAAAACGAUCAAAAAGAGAGAGAAUAAGAGAUUGGACUACGAAAAGUGCCAAGACAAGGCCAACAAGUUGCAGAGGAAGCCUGGUCGGAGUGCCAAAGACGAUGCGACGCUCGCAAAGGCAGAUGCUGAGGUCGAACGCACGGCUGAGGACUUUCACGCUGCAGAUACACACCUCAGGGAAACCCUUCCUCCUAUAGUGGCUGCAACCUUCAGCAUGAUACCCCCACUCAUCAGUGCAGUGGUCGUGAUCCAGAAUCGUCUACUGGGGCUGUACUACACCACCUUGCACAAUUAUUGUCAAGAUUACAACUUCCCUUCGCCAGCUCCACCCAUGGAAGAGGUGAUAGCAGCAUGGUCCGCUGGAUACGACCCUGUAAAGCGAGAAUUUGAAUCCGUGUCAUGUAUCGCAAGCGGUAAAGCCGUACGUCAACCGAUGAAGCUCCCAGAUGAUCCUUCGAACCAGGACCAGGAACGCAGACUAUCAAACUCCUCUGAGGCUUCAUCUACUGUUGCCAAUGGAUUUCGGCGUGUCCCGUCUGGGCUCAUCAGUAGCAAUGCUCCUGCUAUCACAGGCCCGAGGCCAAGCCGCAUGCCGUCGAGCACAUCGCUUGCGUCACAAGCAAGUGCAGGGCUUCAGAAGAAACCGUCGUUUGGGAGCAACUACCAUCUUGCCCCUACCGACUUCACGACAGCAUCGAGACUAGGGCAAUCUCUGACCCCGACGGCCGUAUCUCCCAACUCGCAGCGCCCAAGGACGGACUACUUCGCCAGGCCAUCGACUGCAUCCACGACGGCAUCGAGCGCGUCGGUCAACACAGCGGCCAGCUUAGCAUCCAUUGCUGUGAAGAAGAAGGCCCCACCGCCACCGCCGCCCAAGCGGAUAGGCUCAACCCGCCCUGAGGAGUUUGUUGUGGCCCAGUAUGACUUCACCGGGCAGGGCGCUGGCGACCUAUCAUUCCGCGAAGGUGACCGGAUCAAGAUCGUAAAGAAGACCGGUACCGACCAGGACUGGUGGAUGGGCGAGUUGGGUGGGCGGAAGGGGAGCUUUCCGGCGAAUUACUGCAAGGCCGCCUAG